AUGAAAAUGAACUUUCUAUUUGGUAACAUCUCUCGCCUGCGUAGCAUAAGCAGAUCGGAAAUUGUGAGCGAUGCCUAUCAGCAAUUUCGUGGCAAGGCCAAAUUUGUUGGUACAUACAUCUUCACCAAACCAUUAUUGGUAAUACUCGAUUUGGAUUUGGUGAAGGCUAUUCUUAUUAAAGAUUUCAAUAAAUUCACCGAUCGUUUUCAAUAUAGUGCCGAUCUUGGCAAUUCAAUCAGCGCAAAUCUUUUUGCUCUGCACGGUGAGAGGUGGCGCCCAUUGCGCAUCAAACUUUCACCCACAUUCACAUCGGCCAAAAUGAAGUUUAUGUUUCCCACACUGGUGGCGGUGGCACGUCAGCUUGAUGAGGCCUUCAGCGAGGAAUUGACGCAAGCCAAGGACGGUGUUAUUGAGCUGCACGACAUGAUGGGACGCUAUACUACCGAUGUUAUCGGCACUUGUGCCUUUGGUGUAGAAUGCAAUAGUUUGAAAGAUCCUAAUGUAGAAUUUCGGCGCAUUGGACGGCAAAUUUUCUAUCCAAAUUUUCUUUCAAUACGCCUGCGCUUGUUUUUGAUCACUUAUUCGGGGAUAUUUAAGAUAUUAAAAUAUUUUAGGCGCACAACCAAAGAGGUUGAAGAGUUUAUAAUACGGCUGGUGCGUGACACGGUGCGUUUGCGUGAGGAGCAGAAAAUUCAACGUAACGAUUUUAUUAACUUGCUGAUUGAGAUGAAAAAUACUAGGGACGAAAACGGUAAACCUAUGUUGACUUACGAAGAGAUGGCUGCACAGGUAUUCAUCUUCUUUGCUGCUGGAUUUGAGACCAGUUCGAGUAAUAUGACUUAUGGCCUAUAUGAGUUGGCCAAGAAUCCGCAGUUGCAGGAGAAAUUGAGAGCUGAAAUCGUCAAAGUGCUGGAGAAGUACAGCGGCGAGUUGACUUACGAGGCGAUGAUGGAAAUGACCUAUUUGGAUCAGGUUAUCACAGGUACAUAA